ACAGAGGGGAGAGGAGAAGAGAGGAGGGAGACUAAUUUGAGAGGGGGCAACGGGCGCGAGCGCCACUGGAACUCGUCGAGAAACUUAUACGCAACAGCGGAAAGUUUGCCUCGCGCCGAGUGACGGGUCUCCGCUCUGAACUCUGUCUCGUGCGCGUCGGAGGACCGCGAGGACGGCAGGCGGCGGCUCGCUUGCUCUCUCGCGACGAUGCUGCACCGGCGGACCGGCGGCCGAGGCGCGGCGGUGCGCGGGACGCUUGCGCGCGCCCUGCUCGUGGUGCUGCACGCUACGGCGGCCGCGCUCUCUGCCAGUUCCACUGAUGUUCUGCGGUUGCUGGACCUCUCAGAAGAUAUGGAGGGUGUUACCAUGGCGGCAGGCUUUUGCGACAGUAGGAAUGGUUCCAAAGAGGUCGACAUGGCUUUCAGGAUAGACAAGAAGCUCCAGCUAAGUGCCCCAACCAAGCAACUCUUCCCAGACUCAGCCUUCCCGGAGGACUUCUCACUGAUGAUGACGCUGCGGCCAGUUCAGGGGGCACAGUUCUUCCUGCUUGCAGUAUACGAUGAGCAGGGGGUGCAGCAGCUGGGCCUCGAGGUAGGCCGUUCACCCAUGCUGCUUUAUGAGGACCAGCUGGGGCUGCCCACACCUGACCUGUACCCCACCUUCAGUGAGGUCAACCUGUCCGAUGGCGGGUGGCACAGGAUUGCCUACAGCAUCCAGGGCAAGGUCGUUACGCUCUACCUGGACUGCAAGAAGGUGCAGACGCUGGACCUACCACGUGGAGACCACCCUGUGAUCAGCACCGAUGGAGUCACCAUGUUUGGGUCACGGCUGCUGGACAACGAGGUGUUUGAGGGCGACAUCCAGCAGCUCCUGCUGGUAGGGGAUCCCAGCGUGGCGGCAGAGUACUGCUCUCUCCACAUGCCGGACUGUGAGCCCGCAGCACCCCACAGCAACUUGACCCAUGGUCCUGAGGAGAUGCAGCCCCUUGAGCGCAACCCUGAUCCGACCCAACACGGCAAUACAGUGGGAAAGCAGAAGUCCACCAAAAAAGGCAGGAAAGGCAAGAAGGACAGGAAGAGGAAAAGGGACAAGUCCUCCCGCAAGAACAGGAAGAAUAAGAAGGAAUCUAGGAAGAAGAGGAAGGAAUCAGAGGCCCUCCAAGAUGGCUUUCUCGGGGUGUCAACUGCAGUACCUCAGUAUUUACUGCAGCACCAAUCAGAAGUCAACAUUUCACUUGUAACAGGACACCUUCCACUGGCAGCUGUCACUCAGUUGGAGGUUACACCCGCAGUUCCCCAGCCCACGAAAGCAGGACCUUUAACCUCCAGGACCCUGUCUGAGCCACCACCCAAGACGCUGGAGAUUCCCAUUCGUGAGCCCGUCUCCACCCCUGAAGCCACUCCAACACCGCACCGUACUCUGCCUGAACCCACAGUCCCAGGAGAGGAGUUGGAGAAGCAUGCCAAUCAGUCAGAGCCGGAGGAGUUUGAGGACGAUUUCUUCAGCAACAUGUAUGACGACAUCUCAGUUUCCACGGUGACAGUGGGCCCCAACAUCACAAAGUAUGAGACUCUGGAGUAUGAGGAAAUGAAGAAUGAGAUGGAAUACAAUGAAAAGGAAUAUGAGGAGUAUGAGUAUGAAGAUCGAUACGGAUUGGCUGAGAGAGAGGGGGCGGAGACCGCGCAGGGGAAACAAGAGAACAUCGUCGGCCAGAAGGGGGAGAAAGGAGAGCCAGCCGCCAUAGAGCCAGGCAUGUUGGCGGAAGGACCCCAAGGACCCCAAGGACCAUCAGGUCCUCCCGGCAUUGCAGGCCCAACAGGCCCAGCUGGGCCGCAGGGAGACCCGGGCGAUGUGGGUCCUCCAGGGCGACCAGGCCUUCCCGGGGCUGAUGGGAUACCAGGUCUUCCUGGCACGAUGUUGAUGUUACCGUUCCAGUACGCUGGAGACGGCCAGAAAGGUCCUGUCGUGUCUCCCCAGGAAGCCCAGGCCCAGGCAAUCCUACAGCAGGCCAAGCUGUCACUGAUGGGACCUCCUGGUCCAUCGGGGCUGACAGGUCGCCCCGGCCCAAUGGGGGUCCCAGGCCUCAGUGGACUGAAGGGAGAGAGUGGAGAUCCAGGGCCAGCGGGACCUAGGGGAGUACCAGGUAGCCACGGCAUCGAUGGAAAGCCAGGGAGGAGGGGACGACAGGGAACAAAUGGGGGCAGAGGAAUUCCAGGGGAGACAGGACCAAAGGGUGACCGGGGCUUCGACGGACUGUCAGGACUUCCAGGGGAUAAGGGUCACAGAGGUGACAGGGGGAGGCCGGGUCCACGGGGCCCAGUUGGAGAGGCAGGGCCGAAGGGGUCAGAUGGACCUGUCGGACCGCGAGGACAGCCAGGUGAACCUGGACCCCGAGGACUUGCUGGACCACGAGGACCACCCGGCCCACCUGGACAGAUGGGUAUUCAAGGCAUUGACGGCAUUCAAGGCACAAAGGGCGACUUGGGACCCCCUGGAGAGCCAGGACCUCCAGGACAGCAGGGAAACCCUGGAUACCAGGGUUUGCCGGGACCCCAGGGACCCAUCGGAAUGCCCGGAGAAAAGGGUCCCCCAGGAAAGCCUGGAAUGCAGGGACUGCCUGGUAUAGAUGGCUCUCCAGGUCACCCUGGAAGGGAAGGGCCACCAGGAGAUAAAGGGCUCCAGGGGUUGCCUGGAAGCCAGGGCCCCAUUGGGUAUCCUGGACCACGAGGUGUGAAGGGAGCUGAUGGACUGAGAGGUCUGAAGGGAAGCACAGGAGAGAAGGGUGAAGAUGGUUUCCCUGGAUUCAAAGGUGAUAUGGGCCUCAAGGGAGACCAAGGUGACAAUGGGGCCUCAGGUCCAAGAGGGGAAGAUGGACCAGAGGGACCCAAGGGCCAGCCUGGACCUGUGGGAGAACUGGGCUCUGCUGGCAGUGCAGGGGAGAAGGGGAAACUUGGAGUUCCCGGUUUACCAGGUUACCCAGGGCGACCAGGACUAAAGGGAUCAGUAGGCUUCGUGGGAUCUGCUGGGAUGCCUGGAGAGAAGGGGAAAAGGGGCCCAGCCGGUCCACCAGGAGGCGAUGGUGAGAGGGGUCCCACUGGGCCACCAGGGGAUAGGGGAUCUAGAGGACCCACUGGAAAACCUGGUAGCAAGGGCUCUGCUGGACAAGACGGCCCCCCAGGACAAACAGGAGAGCAGGGACCCCGAGGACCACAGGGACAAACCGGAGAGACAGGGCCUAAAGGGCCGACUGGGCCAACAGGAAAAGAUGGGCUGCCAGGUCAUCCAGGCCAGCGGGGGGAGCCAGGUUUCCAAGGAAAGACAGGUCAACCUGGGCCACCAGGUGUGGUGGGACCACAGGGAAAGUCUGGCGAGACGGGACCCCUAGGAGACAGAGGCCAUCCUGGUGCCCCAGGAUCCCCUGGAGAGCAGGGCUUGCCUGGCAUAGCUGGCAAAGAGGGAGCCAAGGGUGAUCCAGGACCCCCUGGAGUUCCCGGCAAGAACGGUCCCCCGGGACCACGAGGAUUCAGAGGCGUUCGAGGCAGUCCUGGUGCCAUGGGCGUACCUGGACUGAAGGGAGCAGAAGGUCCUGUCGGUUCUCCAGGAGUUAUUGGAGCUCCUGGAGAGAGGGGACCUUCAGGGACGGUGGGUCCAAUCGGUCACCCUGGUCGGCCUGGCCCUGUGGGCCCACCAGGACCAACGGGAGAGAAGGGGGAGCCGGGUGAUAAAGGUCUGAUGGGGUCAGCUGGACGUGAUGGGGAGCAGGGGCCUGUGGGGCUGCCUGGGGCAGCUGGCCCAGCAGGGCCCCCUGGAGAGGAUGGAGAUAAGGGAGAGACUGGAGGACCAGGGCAGAAAGGAAGUAAGGGAGAGAAAGGAGAUCCGGGUCCUCCAGGACCGUUAGGAGUUCAGGGGCCCAUCGGUCAGCCAGGACCGCCGGGGCUGGAUGGUGAGCCGGGUCCUCGUGGCCAGCGGGGGAUGGCUGGUCAGAAAGGGGAUGAGGGCCCACCAGGCUUCAAAGGAGGAAGUGGUCCUGUUGGGCUGCAAGGCAUGCCAGGAUCUCCAGGGGAGAAGGGGGACGUUGGACAUGUUGGACCUGUGGGUCCCCCAGGUCUUCCUGGUCCUAACGGUCUCCAGGGACCCAUUGGAGGGGAGGGGCCGCAAGGAAUGCCAGGAGGGGUUGGUCAGCCUGGUGCUGUUGGGGAGAAGGGUGAGGAUGGAGAGGCCGGGAGUCCAGGACCAGUUGGAGUAUCAGGAGCUCCUGGCGUAAAAGGGGAGCAGGGUGAAAAGGGUAAUUCGGGACACUCCGGAGCCUCUGGACCUCCAGGGAUGAAAGGCCCCCCUGGGGAAGAUGGACCCAAAGGUGAACCUGGCCCUGCUGGAUUCCCUGGGGACCGCGGCCCGCCUGGAGAGCCUGGUGCUAAUGGAAUUGACGGUGUGCUUGGUGAGAAGGGAGAUGCUGGCGAUCUGGGGAAGGCGGGUCCACCAGGGGCCUCAGGGGAGCCAGGCCCUCUAGGACCCCCAGGGCGGAGGGGCCACGUGGGAGCUGCAGGGAAGGAGGGCAAGCAGGGCAUGAAAGGGGAGAAGGGGACACCAGGCACAGAGGGGCCAAUGGGGAAGACAGGGCCGGUGGGACCGCAGGGACACCCUGGCAGUCUUGGCCCUGAGGGUCUGCAAGGGAUCCCAGGGCCCUCUGGAGAACAAGGCUUGAACGGACCACCAGGCCAGGCUGGACCUCCAGGACCCAUUGGUCCGCCAGGCUUGCUGGGACUGAAAGGAGACCCAGGUGCCAAGGGAGACAAGGGCCACACUGGGCUCAUUGGCAUUGUUGGGCCCCCAGGAGACAUGGGAGAGAAAGGGGACAGAGGACUGCCAGGGAACCAGGGAACCCCGGGACCCAGAGGAGAUGGGGGAGUAGUCGGGCCCCCUGGCCCCACUGGCCCCCCUGGACUCCCAGGCUUGGCUGGUCUGAUGGGUGACAAGGGGUCAAAGGGAGACCAGGGAGUUGUUGGUCCCAGAGGGGAUACAGGACCUGCGGGACCCCCUGGACCCCCUGGGCCCCCAGGCACAAUGAUCGACCCGCUCCCAGUGCAACGUGCACAAAAGAAGCGCAGGAGGCACUCACAACAGGAUGGACCUGGUUUGCAGGAGGUCCAGGAGGGGGUCCUGGAGUUGGCAGAUGACCCUAUGCAGGGUGAUGAGGCUCUGGGUGAUGAAGGUGAAGGCAUGGAGGAGGUCUUUGCCUCCCUUAACUCCAUGAAGAUGGAGGUGGAGAUCAUGAGGAGACCACUGGGCACAUUCGAGAGCCCUGCCCGCACCUGCAAGGAGCUGAUGAUGUGCCGCCCAGACUACACAGACGGGGAGUACUGGAUUGACCCAAAUCAGGGCUGUCACAAAGACUCACUCAAGGUUUUCUGUAACUUCACCGCCAGCGGGGAGACUUGCUUGUACCCCGACAAAAAGAUUGAGUCGGUGAAGCUAGCAGCCUGGAACAAGGAGAAGCCAGGAAGUUGGUACAGCCAAUUCCGGAAAGGCAGACAGCUCUCCUACAUCGACUUGGAUGGGAACCCGGUGCACGUGGUCCAGCUGACCUUCCUGAAGCUUCUGAGUGCAGUAGCCAGACAGACUUUUACCUACACCUGCCAGAACUCAGCUGGGUGGUUUGACCACACUAACAACAGUUACCAACAUGCAGUGCGUUUCAGAGGAACUAAUGAGGAAGAGCUGUCACAAGCCAAGAUGCCCUUCAUCAAAGCACUGUAUGAUGGCUGCCAGUUCCGGAAAGGCCAGGAGCGUACAGUGCUGGAGAUCGAUUCUCCGAGAUCAGAGCUGCUCCCCAUCCUGGACGUAUCUGUCACGGACUUUGGAAACGGCAACCAGAAGUUUGGCUUCCAGGUCGGUCCCGUCUGUUUCAAUGGGUAACAUCUAGUCUAGAGAGAGACGUCCACACAACAUUUUCCCUCCUGGAGGAGCUCCACCAACAUGAAAAACAGUACUUAUGCACAUUUUUAACCAAAUAUGGUGAAUGUGUGGUUUUUUAAUUGAUUUUUGAAUAUGCAAAGUGAUGCAAGAUCCCAUGACAGAAGUGGCAACCGGAGAAGAAAAAGCAAGUUUUCUAAAGGGAAGUGUUCUCAGACAUUGUCUUAUUCUUUCCUUCUAGUAGCAUUAUUUAUAUUGUCACUUUACCCUUUUUGACCUUGUGGUUCACCGUGCGGAGACACUGAUUGACUGUCGGAGAGGUCACACCCAGUCGGGUUCAAAAAGCGUCACUUCUGGAAGGGUCUUGCCUUAGCAAAUAACGCGGUUUGUUUAAGACCUGGAGACAACAGUGGACACCAGACACGUUUUCUCUGCCUGACCACAGCCGAUCUACAGCACGAGCUGGCAACUGUAAGCCUCUUUGAAACCACAAGAAACGGGCUAAAAGAGGAAAUUAAAAUGCACUAUGGACGCUGUUCAGCAGUCCUUGUCACAGAAAACUUGCAUAUCUGAUUCACCGAGUCAAGUGUCCAUGACGUGAGAUUUAACUGGCUGAUAUAAAAAAAACCAACAUCAGUCUCCUGUGGAAUGUCACAGCGAUUGUUUUAGAAUGCUAUUCUCCAUCCUCCCGUUACAAGAAAUAAUGUCAAAGCAUCAGAAUAAUGUGUUCUGCCAGGAUUCUGUGUACUGUAUGUUUGUUUUUUGCUUUCAUAAUGUCUUUUUUGUUCUUUGUGUGUGUCUGAUUAAGUGGUGGUGCUAAAUAUGUUCCAUUUAGUUUUAUUUUUUAAGUGUUGGUGGGGAGGGAAAGCCAAGGUGAAAAUAUGUGGAGUGGGGGUGCGGCCGGACUCAGGUUGAUGAAUGGUGCUCCUCUCUGGGCUCAGUUAAAACCCAGCUCAAAUUUAUGAUGGGACAAAGAGACAAGCGCAUUAUUGUCUGAAGCUCUUGUAUCGCCUCAGUUGCUAAGGUAGCCCGCUUCGCCUGGAGAAGAUGGACAUGCGGCUUCGGUUCUCAUUAAAGGGAGGAACCGAAUGAUCCUCCAUGCCGAUUUCAGGCUGCAGCAGAAAAGUUUGGAGAUGUUGGGUGUGAAGUGUGGGUGUAACAGUUUGACUGAGGAGGGGCAAGGCAUCGCUCCUGUGACAGUGGAUGGAAUCAGUUUUAAAUCCUUCUUCUGUGAGACACCAAGGAGGUGAACUCAUGAGCACUGAUGUGGUUUUCGUCACGGUUUUUUUGCUGGUAUCCAAAGUGACUUGUAUAGUUUUCAGUCUUUUUUUUUUUUUUUUUAACCAUUUCACAUAUGGAUGCUACAAAUUCAGGUUAAGCACCUUAUUUUGGAUAGAACGGCAGUGUCCCUCUUGGGAUUUGAGCUUAUAGCCUUUUAUUUUCAAAAAGUACAGGCAACUGACGCCAUGCCAGCCGUGGUGCUGUUCGCUGGCCAUCCUUAUACCGUUAAUUGUGGUAUCUGUGGUUGGUCUCAGGUUUAGUAGUGCUGGUAUUGAUUACAGUUCAUGCCUCAGGUUGGAUGGGGGUUGGGUUAGGUUUAGGUUGUCUGGUGGCUGCAGCCCAUCCAGUGAACACCCCUUGGAGGAACAGCCUCCGGUGUGGGAUCUGGUCUACUUUCCAACCACAGUUUUUAACCAAAUUUUAACUUUCUUGUGCAUUUUACACACUGUCUGUUCAGUUCUCACUGACUCAUGGGAAACAGUUGUGAUUGUAACUGCCCCCCGCCCCCAACCUGUGUGGAGUCAGUGGUGUCAGUUUAUAACCUGAACAAUUUCUUUCUGUAUAAGCAAAAUAAAACAAACACGAUGCAUAAUUCUGAAAAAUGAAAGAAUAAAAUACCAUGAAGUGUGCACACUUCUGCAGGAGUGUAUUUUGGAAUGUGGCUCAGUUAAGACUAUGCAUCAUCUCUGUCUUCCUUUGUCUCUUCGCCUUAAAAAUGAGGGGAAAAAACACUCCUUUCUGAACUUGAGUUUUGCCGGCAUGAAGAGAAAUCUCCAUCACUGUCGAAGCAGACCACACGUACAUGAAGCAGUCAGUGGAACAUGUAAUAAAACCAA